UGUGUCCACGUUUGUGUUUUAUGUGACUGUUGUCGCAUAAUAUUGAGAUUUCUUAUAUGAUAUGAUCAUUUAUUUUAGGUUAUGAAUCAUAUAUAUAGUAAUAUACUACUUUGUAUUGAACGCUAACAUUGUUGUCCACGUUUCUUUUAGCUGAGUGCAGCAUAUUGUAAAAUACUGUAAGUGCAGCUACAUAUCACGCACCUUUUGUAUUGCUGUCAUUCAGAAUGGAGGUGUGGUGUUGUCUUACUAACUAACUUUGCUGUGUUGAGUGCACUGGCACUGAUCAGUAUUUAUAGCAGUAGCUAGGUAGGUAGGUAAUAGUGACAUUAUUAGAUGAUAUCUCCUAAAGUUUGUUUCCUCGCCUGGUGUAUUAGCUAGUCCAACGCAGUCAAACAUGGGACACACCAGUUUGGAUAAGAUCAAAGCACUACAGAAGAAUCCUGCCAACGUCAGGAACCUGUGCAUUCUGGCACACGUGGACCAUGGCAAAACAACUCUGGCAGAUAGCUUGGUGGCCAGCAAUGGCAUUAUAUCAAGUCGCUUAGCCGGAAAGCUGAGGUACCUGGACAGCCGGGAGGAUGAGCAGAUCCGAGGGAUCACGAUGAAGUCCAGCGCUAUCUCACUGCACUAUGCUGCUGGGGAGAAGGACUACCUGAUAAACUUGAUUGACUCUCCGGGCCAUGUGGACUUUUCGUCUGAGGUGUCCACCGCCGUCAGACUAUGUGAUGGGGCCAUUGUCAUCGUAGAUGCUGUGGAGGGAGUUUGUCCACAGACCCAAGCAGUGCUGCGUCAGGCGUGGCUGGAGAACAUCAGGCCUGUGCUGGUUAUCAACAAGAUUGACCGGCUCAUCAUGGAGCUGAAGCUCACCUCUCAGGAAGCCUACACACACCUGCAGAAGAUUCUAGAACAGGUGAAUGCAGUGACAGGCUCUCUGUUUACCUCCAAAGUGCUGGAGGAGCGCGCGGUGAAAGAGGAGCGGGCGGAGGAAGAUAAGGAGGAGGGGGACAGCGAGCCUGCUGAGUGUCCCGGGUCAGAGCAGGUGUACGACUGGAGCGCCGGGCUAGAGGAUUCGGAUGACUCCCAGCUCUACUUCUCUCCAGACCAGGGGAAUGUGGUCUUUGCCAGUGCCAUAGACGGAUGGGGCUUCAGUAUCCAGCAGUUUGCCCAGAUCCACAGCCAGAGGAUGGGCAUCAGGGCUGAGGUGCUCCUGAAGACCCUCUGGGGAGACUUCUACCUCAACGCUAAAGCCAAGAAGAUCAUGAAGGGAGCUCACGCCAAAGGAAAGAAGCCUCUGUUUGUUCAGCUCGUCCUGGACAACAUAUGGAGUUUAUAUGAUGCUGUUGUUACCAGACGAGACAAGGAGAAGAUAGAGAAGAUGAUGAUGUCACUAGGUGUUAAGGUGAUGACCAGAGACUUGCGUCACUCCGACCCCAAAGUCCUCCUCUCUGCCAUCUGCAGCCAGUGGCUCCCCAUCUCACAGGCUGUACUGUUCAUGGUGUGUGAUAAGCUGCCCAGUCCGUUGGACAUGACCUCUGAGAGAAUAGAGAGACUGAUGAGUGUGGGAGCACGCAGGUUCCACUCACUACCCCUGCAGACCCAGGAGCUGAAGACCGCCUUCAUGCAGUGUUCCAGUGAUGACACAGCCCCUGUCAUUGUGUUUGUGUCCAAGAUGUUUAUGGUGGACGCCAAGGCCCUGCCUCAGAACAAACAGAGGCCGUUGACCCAGGAGGAGAUGGCCCAACGCAGGGAGCUGGCCAGACAGAGACACACUGAGAGACUGGCAGCCAUUCAGCAGACGGAAAGUGGGGAGGGAAAUGCCCAAUCAGGAAGUACAACACCGGCAACCACUCCUGGUGGAGACAACACCAUAGGCAAUGAGGUUGUCUCAGGCCAGAUGCAGGGCCUGCCUCUGAAGGCUAAAUCAGAGGAGGAGGAGGGGAAGGAGACGUUCGUAGCCUUCGCUAGAGUCUACAGCGGGGUGGUCCGCAGAGGACAGAAGGUGUUUGUGAUGGGGCCCAAGUACGACCCUGCUCAAGGCCUGCGCAUGCUCCCAGAGGGCAGUACUAGUGUGAGUGCCUGUCUCCCUCCCGUCCCUCACCUGGCCUGCUGCACCAUGGACAGCCUCUACCUGCUGAUGGGCAGAGAGCUGGAGGAACUAGAAGAGGUGCCAUCAGGGAACGUACUGGGUAUUGGCGGUCUCGAGGAGUGUGUGUUGAAGUCUGCGACCCUCUCCACCUCCCCUGCCCUCCCACCUUUCAUCCCCCUCAACUUCGAAGCUACGCCCAUCGUACGAGUGGCCAUCGAACCCAAACACCCAAGUGAGAUGCCUAAGCUGGUACGGGGUAUGAGGCUGUUGAACCAAGCUGACCCGUGUGCUGAGGUUCUGAUCCAGGAGACAGGAGAACACGUACUGGUCACGGCCGGAGAGGUCCACCUGCAACGCUGUCUGGACGACCUCCGAGAGAGGUUUGCCAAGAUUGAGAUCAGUGCCUCCAAGCCUAUCAUCCCAUUCAGAGAGACCGUGAUCAGACCACCCAAAGUGGACAUGGUCAAUGAAGACCUGGGGAAACAACAGAAGGUGGCUGUGCUCCACCAGGUGAAAGAGUCAGACACCCUGCACCUGGACCCCAGCGGCCUGGUGACCCUCACCACCCCCAACAGACAGGCCACCGUGGGGGUACGGGCCAUACCACUACCCGAAGAGGUGACGCUUCUGCUGGAGGGUAGUGCUGACUUGAUCCGGACCCUGGAACAGGCAGGUCAGGCCCAGAGGGAGGGGAGGACCCUGGACAUGAGUACCUGGACCCUGGAUGCUCUGAUGGAGCUGAAGAGCAGGCUGGAGGUCCUGCUGCAGGGGAGGAAGUGGAGGAAUGCCGUGGACCGGAUAUGGGCCUUUGGACCACGCAGGUAUGGACCAAACAUCCUCCUUAACAGCGUAGAGGGGUACCAGAGACCAUCCGUGUGGCACUGCCUCCAGCGAGAGAAAGGAGAGAAAGAGGGAGGGGAGAAAGCUGAGGCGAGCGCCAUCCGAGACUUUGACAACAGCGUUGUCAGCGGUUUCCAGCUCGCCACCCUCUCUGGUCCAAUGUGCGAGGAGCCCCUCAUGGGCGUCUGCUUCUCUGUGGAGAGAUGGGACAUGAACUUCCCCACCCAGCGCAACCACCUGGCCUCUGUGACUGAAGAAGACUCCAACUCCCUUGAUGCAUCUGUUUCCAAAAGCCCCGGUGAGGCUGCAGGACAGCAGGAGGCCUCAGGCAAGGCAGGGGGAGCGGGUGAGACGCCUUCCCAGGCAGAGGGUGCCGUUGCAGAGGCGAGCCAGGGGAGACGCAGGGCGGAGGUUGGGGCCGGGCUAGUGGACUGCUACGGGCCGUUCUCUGGCCAGCUCAUAGCUGCUGUGAAGGAGGCUUGUCGGCACGCGUUCCAGGCCAAACCUCAGAGACUCAUGGCUGCUAUGUACACCUGUGAAAUCAUGGCUACAGCAGAGGUGUUAGGUCGUGUGUACGGGGUCCUGGGGAAGAGGGAGGGCCGAGUGUUACAGGAGGAGAUGAAGGAGGGGACAGAGAUGUUCAUCAUCAAGGCCGUCCUUCCUGUGGCCGAGAGCUUCGGAUUCGCUGACGAGAUACGCAAGAGAACCAGUGGAUUGGCUAGUCCACAACUGGUCUUCAGCCACUGGGAGGUGAUCUCCAGUGAUCCGUCCUGGGUUCCUACCACAGAAGAGGAGUACCUCCACUUUGGAGAGAAGGCUGAUUCCGCCAAUCAGGCUCUGAAAUACAUGAACGGUGUUCGCCGGCGUAAGGGACUGUACGUGGAGGAGAAGAUAGUGGAGCACGGCGAGAAACAGAGAACACUGAGCAAGAACAAAUAGGCCUGUGUGUGUGUUUCCUGAUUGACUCCUACCAACACACACCCGAGACAGACAUCAUAAAGAGCAUCCAGUGGAUACUGUCCCCCAUCACUACACCAUCAUCACCCCUCUAACUGUCACUCAAAAUGAGCCACUGAUGCUUUUAUAUUACAGAGCAGUAUUGCUGAAAACCUCCUUAGAAAAUGUUUUUUAGUCCAGAACUAGACUUAAUCUGUGUCUAGGAAACCGGCCCAAUGGGUUUUAAUAGCUGGACAUGCAGCUGUGUCUUUACCCGGGAGAAUCCCUUUCAGCUAUGCAUAAUUGACGAGUGUUCCCGUUCAAAUCCAGUUUUGCUGUUAAGUGAAGUGGCUUGAAUUAAUUUCUGCUCUCAACCUAAUUGAAUUCCAGUACCCAGCCCCCUGAAGAGCGGCAUUUAAUUUGGAAAAACAGAAAUAUGAUGCAAAGUGGGAUUGUACGUUUUUUUAUUAUUUGGGGACAGCGCUAGCGAGCUAUAGCCUUGUUGAUAUGCUAUGUUGAGAGCUCUGGGUAAGGUAUCUGUGUACAAGACGAGCUAUAGCCUUGUUGAUAUGCUAUGUUGAGAGCUCUGGGUAAGGUAUCUGUGUACAAGACAUAAAGCAAAAUGUACAGUAUUUACCAGAAAGCAAUAAAUAAAUAAAACUGUG